GAAGCAGAGAGCGUGUGGGAGAGGCCAUGGGUAGGGGACAGAGGAGAAGGGACAGGGGGAGGUCAGAGGUAUAAAUCACAGAGAGGCAACUCCAGCAGAGCUAUCCUCCUCUUCCUUGCUCUGGACCACCGUGAGAGCCGUGAGCCGCCAUAAUGUGUGACGACGAGGAAACCACCGCCUUGGUGUGUGACAACGGCUCCGGUUUGGUCAAGGCUGGCUUUGCUGGUGAUGAUGCCCCCAGAGCCGUCUUCCCUUCCAUUGUUGGACGCCCAAGACACCAAGGUGUCAUGGUGGGCAUGGGCCAGAAAGACUCCUAUGUAGGAGAUGAAGCUCAGAGCAAGAGAGGCAUUCUGACCCUAAAAUACCCCAUUGAGCAUGGCAUCAUCACCAACUGGGAUGACAUGGAGAAGAUCUGGCACCACACUUUCUACAAUGAGCUCCGUGUGGCCCCUGAGGAGCACCCCACCCUCCUGACUGAGGCUCCUCUCAACCCCAAAGCCAACCGGGAGAAGAUGACCCAGAUUAUGUUUGAGACCUUCAACGUGCCUGCCAUGUACGUGGCCAUCCAGGCUGUGCUGUCCCUCUAUGCCUCCGGCCGUACCACUGGGAUAGUGCUGGAUUCAGGGGACGGCGUCACCCACAAUGUACCCAUCUAUGAGGGUUAUGCCUUGCCUCAUGCCAUUCAGCGCUUGGAUCUGGCCGGCCGUGAUCUCACUGACUAUCUGAUGAAGAUCCUAACGGAGCGUGGCUAUUCCUUUGUUACCACUGCUGAACGGGAGAUUGUUCGUGACAUCAAGGAAAAACUAGGCUAUGUGGCUUUGGACUUUGAGAAUGAGAUGGCUACUGCUGCUUCCUCUUCUUCUCUGGAGAAGAGUUAUGAGCUACCCGAUGGGCAAGUUAUCACCAUUGGCAAUGAACGUUUCCGAUGCCCAGAGACCCUUUUCCAGCCCUCUUUUAUCGGGAUGGAGUCAGCAGGCAUCCAUGAAACCACUUAUAACUCCAUCAUGAAGUGUGACAUUGACAUCCGGAAGGACCUCUACGCCAACAACGUCCUCUCUGGCGGUACCACCAUGUAUCCCGGGAUUGCUGACCGUAUGCAGAAAGAAAUUACUGCUUUGGCCCCCAGCACUAUGAAAAUCAAGAUCAUUGCUCCUCCUGAACGGAAGUACUCUGUGUGGAUUGGUGGCUCCAUCUUGGCUUCCCUCUCUACUUUCCAGCAAAUGUGGAUAAGCAAGCAAGAAUAUGAUGAAGCAGGCCCAUCUAUUGUCCAUAGGAAAUGUUUCUAACUGUCUCUAUGCCAUCUCUUGUCUGCCUUGUUCUGCUACCUAUUUUGUGGCCCAUCUACUAUGUCUCCUUCCCCCCAAAUUUAACGGCAUUCAGUCAUUUCUCCUCUCCACCAAAACCCUAAAGCCAACUCAGAAGGCACUUCAGUCUCUCAGGAACUUACUUCUACUGUUGUGCUGUUCCUGGUGCAAAGCUGCUGUCGCUGCUUCCGAAAGAGAGGAUGCUCAAGUCCCUUCAAACUAACACCCGUGCUUUUCAGAACUAAAUUGUCAAAGCUUACUUUCCUCCUUCCGCCUGCCACCAAAUCCUGUCAUGAAAUCUUAAAUAAAAAGAGGGGGUUUGCAGCACA